AUGGUAAAGACUAAAUUUAGUGUUGGUGGUAUGAAAGAAAUUAGGACCAUAGGCCGCCAUGUCAUUACCGGUCGGUGGUUCAUGGUGUUCGCUUCUCUUCUCAUCAUGUCUGUCUCUGGAGCCACCUAUAUGUUCGGUUCAUACUCCGGUGACGUAAAAUCUUCCCUCGGAUAUGACCAAACCACCCUCAACCUGCUUAGCACCUUCAAGGACUUGGGUACCAACGUCGGGGUCAUAUCAGGUCUAAUCAACGAAAUCUCCCCUCCAUGGGUAGUGCUCCUCAUUGGCGCCACCAUGAACUUCUCCGGCUACUUCAUGAUAUGGCUCGCCGUCACCGGAAAAAUUAGAAAACCGAGCCUCUGGCAAAUGUGUUUGUACAUUUGCAUCGGUGCAAAUUCGCAGACUUUUGCUAACACAGGAGCAUUGGUUACUUGUGUCAAAAACUUUCCUGAAAGUAGAGGUGUUGUAUUGGGGCUUUUGAAGGGUUAUGUGGGUUUAAGUGGUGCGAUUAUUACACAGUUGUAUCAUGCGAUUUAUGGGCUUGAUUCAAGGUCUUUAAUCUUGUUCAUCGGAUGGCUUCCAGCCGCCGUUUCCAUGGUGUUUCUUCGAACAGUUCGGAUUAUGAAGAUUGUUCGUCAAACGAAUGAACUCAGAAUGUUUUACAAGUUUCUUUAUAUAUCACUUGGGCUUGCAGGGUUUCUUAUGGUUAUUAUUAUAAUCCAAAAUAGUUUCAAGUUUUCUAAGCCUGAGUUUAUCGGAAGUGCUUCCGUCGUCGUGAUUCUGCUUUUUGCACCAUUUUUAGUUGUGUUUAAAGAAGAGCUAAACCUAUGGAAAGCUAACCAAGAAGUGGUUAACAGCAUCAAGAUUUCUCCGGUCAAAAUAGUCACGGAGGCUCCGAACACAAACCAGCUUCCACCACCGUCGGAAAAGGAGGUUUCUUGCUGGAGGACUGUGUUUACGCCGCCGAGGAGAGGUGAUGACUUCACCAUACUACAAGCACUUUUCAGCAUUGACAUGUUGAUUCUCUUCACCACCACCACCUUUGGCAUAGGCGGAACCCUAACCGCAAUCGACAACCUUGGCCAAAUUGGGAGGUCAUUAGGCUACCCAACCACCAGCAUCACCACCUUCGUUUCACUCGUGAGUAUCUGGAACUAUCUGGGUCGGGUCAGUUCGGGUUUUCUCUCAGAAAUCUUGCGAACCAGAUACAAAUUCCCACGUCCAUUGAUGCUCACUUUGGUGCUUUUUCUCUCAUGCGUGGGCCAUCUUUUAAUCGCCUUCGGUGUACCCAAUUCCCUCUACAUUUCUUCAGUCAUAAUGGGUUUUUCCUUCGGAGCACAAUGGCCGUUGAUUUUUGCGAUCAUAUCUGAACUAUUCGGAUUAAAAUACUAUUCCACUUUGUACAAUCUUGGUGCCGGAGCAAGUCCGGUCGGAUCAUAUAUCCUCAACGUGGUGGUCGCCGGUCGUCUUUAUGAUAAAGAAGCUACACGUCAAUUGAAAGCACAGGGAAUAGUCAGAAAACACGGGGAAGAUCUGGUUUGUAAUGGCAUCGAAUGUUAUAAAAUGUCUUUUCUGAUUAUCACUGCAACAACACUGUUCGGAUGUUUGAUUUCACUUGUUUUAGUGAUUCGUACAAAAAAGUUCUACCGCAGUGAUAUCUACAAGAAGUUUCGUGAGGCCACAGAAGUGUCGGAGAUGGUGGUGCCGCCUUCAACCACCCCACCACCACCACCGGAAAGUAACAUGAUGGAGGAAGAUAAUAAAUAA